AUGUCAACUCCUUUCAUAUCAAAAGCAUCGGAAAUCGAGAUGAUCAUCGACUAUGUUUUCUCCAAGAAACUCCUUGCCGCCGAGGCAGCUCAAAUGGCAGCGCCACACGUUGCUUUUAUUGAGGGUAACGCAGUCAGGACUUUGCAUAACAACAAGAGGCUAGCAAUCCUGGGAGAGGCAGUCCUUGCAAGAGAACUUUGCAGUGCGUGGUUCAGAAUGCGUGGGUCGUAUGACGAGACCCUAUCCCCAGCACAGUGGACGCAGUUGCGCAACGAUGUGAUCUCCAAUGAUGCACUGGCUCGCCGAGGCUACAAUGCUGGAAUUGACAAGGUCGUCAUUACAGCUAGUAGCACACCAAUCGUAUCUCCAAAAAUGGUCGCAGCGACCCUCGGGGCCAUCGUUGGAGCAGUCCACGAAGAUGGAGGAGACGCUGCUGUUCACAAUGUCAUGCAGCAUCUUGGAUUCUUCGACCACAUCCUUUUAACGGUAACGUCUUGA